CUUGUAUCUGCGGCUGGCUCGGCCUUUCACGGAUGCCCUCGGAAUGUACCAUCUGCAAGAGCUCUGCCACGUCUCCGCGGAGCGCACGCAGCGCGCCACGCUCACCACGCUGCGUCUCGAAUGCACCGACUCUCUUCCCGAUCCCCUUCACUCCACUGCGAACCUACACAUCGACCACCUCCGCCCGUUCUCUGAACACUCAAACCUCGUGUCCGUCUUCGUCCACGUAUCCAGCGGCACCGAAAUCGACGACGACGCGAUCGCUGAGCUCGCGACGUGGUGGCCGCGCCUCGAGGAACUGGAUAUCCGCGGGCAUAGAGACACGGCCAGGCCUUGCACGCUUCGCGCGCUCAUGGUGUUGGCGCUACACUGCCCGAGACUGCAGGCGCUGACGCUCACGCUCGAGGCUGUCAAUGUACCUUCAAUCAAGCGCUUCUACGCGACUGGUCAGGCUGAGUGCGCGCUGCGGUACCUAGCGGUUGGGAAAGGGCACGCUCCGGACCCUAUGGCGGUAGCGAUGUUUCUCGAUGAGCUGUUCCCGUCGCUUGAACAGGUGUGUUUUAGGGCGGACUUGACGAGAGGAGAGCAUGGGCGAACACAAUCAUCGGCACAAGCGGAGUGGGAGGAAGUUGCUGAUAGCCUUACGAAGCUGCGAUUAGGGACAGCAUGAUGAAGCGGGAGCCUUGAAGCGCGGCUAGCGAGUUCCGAGUGGCCAGCUAAGUCAAGCUUAUUGGCAACUACAUAGAUUUCCAUACAUCCACCUGUUGUACAAGAGCGGCGGCCCAGUAAGUCUCGCGAUCUGAGCCUUCACAUACUCUUCGUUCGCCUCAGCCUGUAUAGAGCUCUUCUGAUGUCUCUCCUGCGUUGCUUCGGAUUGAAUGGACGAG